GCACCACCAUUCGGAAGAAUCCUCCCAGAGAUUGCGCGAUCCCCUCGUGUCCCUCUCUCGUAACAAACACUGCGCCACAGGCACAAAUCACACUCAGAUACGAAAGAUAAGUACAGAGAGAGGGCAGCGAUUAUUAUUAUAGGAUUAUAUAUAUGUAGCUUGGCCAGCCGUGGCGAUUUAAAGAGAAUCGCUUGAGCUAGCUAGCUUAGCUUUUGGAGAGUUUUUGGACAAGUGGACACAUGGCUUUCUUGCUGUUCUUGGUCUGUUUGGCAGCUGCGGCGUGCUUGCUCGUUCCGGCGUUCUUGCUGCUCUGCACGCGCGUGCAGGGGAGUAGAGGCGUUGAGCAGAGGCGGCUGCAGGGCGGGAAGAAGCUCAGGCUGCCUCCGGGAUCCAUGGGCUGGCCGUACGUCGGGGAGACGCUCCAGCUCUACUCCCAGGAUCCCAACGUCUUCUUUGCCUCCAAGCAGAAGAGGUACGGAGAGAUUUUCAAGACGCAUCUGCUGGGGUGCCCGUGCGUGAUGCUGGCGAGCCCGGAGGCGGCGAGGUUCGUGCUGGUGUCGCAGGCGCGGCUGUUCAAGCCGACGUACCCGCCGAGCAAGGAGCGGAUGAUCGGGCCGUGGGCGCUCUUCUUCCACCAGGGCGAGUACCACCUCCGCCUCCGCCGCCUCGUCCAGGGCGCGCUCGGCCCGGACUCGCUCCGCGCCCUCGUGCCGGACGUCGACGCCGCCGUCGCCUCCACGCUUGCCGCCUGGGCCGACGCCCACGUCGCCAGCACCUUCCACGCCAUGAAGAAGCUCUCGUUCGACGUCGGCAUCGUCACCAUCUUCGGCGGCCGGCUCUGCCGCCGGCACAGGGAGGAGCUGAGGACCAACUACUCCGCCGUGGAGAGAGGCUACAACUGCUUCCCCAACCGCUUCCCCGGGACACUCUACCACAAGGCGAUCCAGGCGAGGAAGCGGCUGCGCGCGAUCCUGAGCGAGAUCGUGUCGGACCGGCGGGCGCUUGGCGGCGGCGGCGGCGACGACCUCCUCGGCGGCCUCAUGCGGUCCCGCGACGACGCAGGCGCGGCGGCGCUCACCGACGACCAGAUCGCCGACAACGUCGUCGGCGUGCUGUUCGCCGCGCAGGACACCACCGCCAGCGUCCUCACCUGGAUCCUCAAGUACCUCCACGACUCGCCGAAGCUUCUCGAAGCCGUCAAGGCGGAGCAAAUGGCGAUCUACGUGGCCAACGAGGGAGGGAAGCGGCCGCUGACGUGGACGCAGACGAGGAGCAUGACACUAACGCAUCAGGUUAUACUGGAGAGCUUGAGGAUGGCGAGCAUAAUCUCCUUCACCUUCAGAGAGGCCGUCGCCGACGUGGAGUACAAAGGUUUCCUGAUUCCUAAGGGAUGGAAGGUGAUGCCUCUGUUCAGGAACAUCCAUCACAACCCGGACUACUUCCAAGAUCCACAGAAAUUUGAUCCUUCUAGAUUCAAGGUGGCGCCGCGUCGUCCCAGCACGUUCCUGCCGUUCGGGAGCGGCGUGCACGCGUGCCCCGGCAACGAGCUGGCCAAGCUGGAGAUGCUCGUCCUCGUCCACCGCCUCGCCACCGCCUACAGGUGGGAGAUCGUCGGGGGGAGCGACGAGGUGGAGUACAGCCCGUUCCCGGUGCCGAGGCGCGGGCUCAACGCCAAGUUGUGGAAGCAAGAGCCAGAGGAGGAGAUGGCCAUGGACGCCAGCGGCGGCGUCGGCGUCGUCACAGCAGCUAGUGCUUGACACGCGCUGGUCGAUGGCGGUGGCGUGCAUGGCUAACUGCAGCUGUCUCGGCAGGUUUCUCUUUUUUUUCGUCGCCGUGUGGGUGGUGGAUCGGAUCGAUCGGUCCGGUGUAAUCCUCGGAUAAAGCGAAGGCCAUGGGAGGGGAUCGGAUCGGAUGGUCGAUCAUGUAGCAACAAAAUCUCUCGCUUUUGGUUUUUGUGUGUUGGGUUGGGUUGGGUUGGAUAAUGGUGGUCCAUGCAUGGAUAUCGUUCGACGAUAAUGAAUGAUGAUGGUGCUAGCUAAACCUA